AUGGAAAAGAUGAGUCGCUUACGCCCAGUAUCCGACUCUCUGGAAAAUGUUGGAUUUGUGUCAAAGGGGGAUAAGAAACUGUUGGACUAUAAGACUCAGACGCAGUACUUCGACAAAAUAGUCGAUCGAUAUAUGCGAUUUUGUGCCAAUCACUCCAAAGACCUCGAUGCAGCAUUAGGCUCCCUUCCAACAAGUCCUUCAAACGAUGCGACUUCAAACCCGCCCGCUUCCCGGUCGCCCUUGAAAUUAAACCCCGCACAGAAGGGUGUCCCGCCACCAUCAACAGAGCUAUCCACACUCCUUCUCUCCCUUCGGAAGCUGCGCGAAGCCGUUCUGGCAACAGCUACGACUACACCCGCAGAAUUCUCACAGCGAGUCCAUGUCUUCUCUAUUCGCCUGUCCAUUCUCGCGCAUCACCCACCGUCAUACUUCCCCUCCCUACGAUACGUUCUGGAUAAACUACACUCCACAUCUCACCCACUACCCGGCGCUGAAGCCAGUGAGCUGGUCACAUACUUGAUUCUUGAUUAUGCCUGUCGCCAGGGAGAUAUGAGAGCGGCGUUUGAACUGCGUGCUCGGGCGCGGAAGGAGCAUUCCUAUCAGUCACAGACAGUGGAUAAGGUUUUGGCUGCCUUGAUGCACGAUAAUUGGGUCGUGUUCUGGCAAUUACACAACAGUGUGGAUUCUCACAUCCGCGCAGUGAUGAAUUGGGCCGCAGACCGAGUUCGCAGGCAUGCGCUCAAGGCUGUGGGUAGUGCCUAUCUCAGCGUGCAUAUCAGCUGGAUUUUGGGUGGCUGCACAGGAGACGAACAGAGUUGGACAUGGGAGAAAUUGGUUGAGCAAGAGAAGCUCCGCUGGGAACGGGAAGGUGAUAGGAUUAUCAUCAAACGACUGAAGCAGAGGGCCCCUCCCAAGCCUGAGCCAAGCGCAUCGAAUGCCUGA